UCUGAUCACGUCCGCGCGCAUCCUAUCACGUCCGAUCACGCCCUACUGACCCGUCCGAUCACGUCCUCCGCCUCAUCCGAUCACCCUCUACUGCGCACGACCUGCUGCACAAGUCCCUGCCUCAUCCGAUCACCCUCUGCGCAUGCUCCUGCCUCUGCACUGCGCACAAUCCCUGCCUCUGGUGCUGUUGCUGUUCUAUUUCUAUCCCUACAACCGGCUCUCCUGCUGCAAGGUAACUUCUUCCUUGGCGUGGUUUAUCUUAUUUCCAACGUAUGGAAAAAGACUCCCGUACAGAGGCCCCACGAUGUAGUUUCAAUGGCACCAACUACAGUCUAUGGGCCAUCUACUUUCAGAGUUUUCUCAAGGGUCAUGGUUUGUGGGGAUUAAUUGAUGGAUCUGUUACUAUCCCCGCUUCCACCGAUGCCGACAAAAAGGCUGAUUGGGAAAUGAAAAAUGGACGAAUUAUUACCUGGAUUUUUGAUUCGGUCGAUCGAACAAUAGCUGUUGGCCUCACGCCACAUCGCACUGCUAAGGCUAUGUGGGAUCAUCUCUAGACAAUAUAUCAACAGAGUAAUGCGGCUCAGUUAUACCGCCUGGAACAGGAUCUGGUUCACCUUACUUAGGGUGAAAAAAGUAUUCAAACUUUCUACUCUACAAUGGUUACAAUUUGGACAGAGAUGGCUAUGAUGGAUCCAGAAUUCCCAAAUGACUUUAAAAUAUUCCACACAAUGCGCGAGAGUGCGCAAGUUAGACAGUUUCUUAUGAAACUGUGUCCGGAAUUUGAGCAUUGCAGGGCUGCUCUUCUGAACCGUAGCACCACUCCAAUGAAUUCGGUUGUUAAUGAUUUAUUAGCCGACGAACAACGACUGCAGGUACUCUCUCAGGGGAUAUCUCAGGGACCAUCUAACUUGACACUUACUGUAUCCACCUCUGCACCAAACCGUGGUUCCAUUACUUUGAUUUGUCGCGGCAGUAACAAAGUAAGACAUGUCGUCGCUCAGUGCAAAGAUUGGUGCGCGUAUUGUCGAAGGAUUGGUCAUGGUAUUCAGGACUGUCGUUCACGUGCCUACGCAUCUUCAUUCGGCCAUAGAUGUGGUGGUCGAUGUCGUGGCCAUGGUCGUGCUCUUUCUGUUACUUCUGCGACUACUUCUUCCGAGCCUUCUGUUAGUGAUAUUGCAUCCACUGGUUCUGUUGAAGGUCUUUCCUCACCUUUAACUCCUGCGAUGCUCCAGCAGAUCGUGCAGGCCCUUUCUGCGGCUGGUAUGUCAGGAUCUGGCAACGGGGAAGGUACUUGGGAAAGGUAGGCGGCAUGGAUGUUUGUACGUACUAGACUUUCACCCAUUCGUUACUCCAGCUCGUUGUUUCUUCUCUCCUUCUUCGUCGGAUAUUUGUUCGGCAAAUAAAAUGUGGAAACUCUUGGCACUUUCGCCUGGGUCAUCCACAUUCUGAUCGUUUGAUUCAGCUAUUUUCUUCUGGCAUGUUAGGGAAUAUUUAUCUUAAUAAAAGUGAUUUGGAUUAUUCUUGUUCUUCCUGUUGCCUUUCAAAAAGUAAGUGUAUUCCCUUUCCUCUAAGUACUACAAAAUCAUCAUAUAUGUUUGAACUAGUGCAUACAGAUGUCUGGAGUCCUUCACCAAUUAUGUCUCUCUGGACUACGAUAUUAUGUUAUAUUCAUUGAUGAUUUCACCCGUUACACCUGGAUUUACUUUUUGCACUCUAAGUCACAGGUGUUUGAAAAAUUCAAAAUAUUUCAUUCUAUGGUAGACACUCAAUUUCGAGUAAAAAUUCAAACUCUCCGCUCUGACUCAGGGGGAGAGUAUCUCUCCACAAAUUUUCGUACAUAUCUUCAGGGUCAUGGGAUUACUCAUCAGACUACCUGUUCUGAUACUCCACAACAGAAUGGGGUGGCUGAACGCAAAAAUUGUCAUAUUGUUGACACUACCAAUACCUUAAUGACAGCUAUGAGUGUUCCUCGUUCCUUCUGGGCGGAAGCUAUGAUGCAUUCAGUCUACUUGAUUAAUCGGUUGCCAACCACAGUUCUGAAUAGUAAAUCUCCCUACUUUGUUCUCACCGGUUCUCUUCCUACAUAUUCCACAUUUCGUGUUUUUGGUUGUGUAUGUUAUGUUCAUCUGGCAUCACGUGAACGUAACAAACUUUCCCCAAAAUCAGUAAAAUGUAUGUAUUUGGGAUUUGGAGAAACUCAGAAGGGUUUUCGUUGCUAUGACCCGGUCUCUCGUCGUGUACGGGUAUCACGACAUGUUGUUUUUCUUGAGCAUAUUGCCUUCCAUUCAUCUGGUCCUCCUUCGCCCACACCAGACUCUCCUGGUCUUACUAUUUUUCCUGACAUUCCGGUUGCAUCGAGUCCACCUUCUUGUCCAUUGCAGGUUUAUUCACGACGACCACGUACAGAUCCAUCACCUACUACUCUCCCUACUGUACCUAUAACCGAUCCAGAUCCUAUCUUGGCACGUCGUUCCACUCGUGAACAUCGACAGCCUGAUCGCUUGAUAUACUCUAUGACUGCCAUGAAUACUGCCAUG